UCGAAGUCUCCCUUGCAUCUAUUGCGCCUAGAUAUUACAUCUGCCAUGCGUCGAGCUGCCUCGCGCGCUGUUUCCGCUUCUGCUUCCGAGCUGUCGCGUCGUAAGUUCGUUCUGACGCGUAACUCCGUUCCGACGCGUGAGUCGCGAAAUGCGAUACCCCCAGGCGACUUCUCGGCACCUAACCAGCAAAUCCUCUCGAAUCGCACUCUCGGAGACGCGCGGCUUGACACGUUCCAGGAAGCUUCGUGCCUUGCGCCAAAGGCGGCGAGUUUCGCGCCGGCUGAUACGGUCGCUUCGUCCGUGACGACCGGGCUUAGAAAGCCCUUGUUAGUCGCUCCGUUCGCGGCGCGUCCGGUCGCUCCUUCCUCGACGGGUGAACGGAAGGAGAAGUCCUCAGUCGCGCCUUUGCUAGCGGCGGGAAACGAACAAUUAUUGCGAGUCACUCCUUUCGCAACGAGUGAAAGAAGAGAGGCGACCGCAGCCGUUCCUUUCGCAGCGCGAACCUACGUGUCAGGCUCGGGCAGAUCCGCAGCUCCGGCAGCGCAGCCAGGUUCGACAGCGAGCGCACCCGCAGGCUCGCCACUAGCCUCGGCAGCAAGCUCCGCCCGAAGCUCGGGUCCAGGCUCGGAACAGGCUGGGAAAGCCAGACCAGGAGGUUUGACCAAGCGGGGAUGGAGCCUUCUGGGGAAGGGCGGAGCGGGGGAGAAGGGGGGGCCGAAGCCCCUGACACAUGCGGAGAGCUUUUCUGAAUUUGCGAGCAAGUUAAGGAGAGCGCGGCAGGUGGCGCAGCUGACUGUGCUGAGAGGUUAUUCCAGAGGCGAGCGCGAUUUGGUGAUCAGCGGACUCAAGAAGCAAGAGAUGAUUACCAUGGCGCUUGUUGCUUAUGCGGCUGACGUCAACUCUGCAGACGAGCACCUGUACAUCCCCUUUAGAGUGCGCGAGCGCAUAGCGCGGGAGACUGGGAGCAGCACGCACGAAGUGGACAAUCUAAUUAAUAAGUACGAGUGGUUCAAGGAGGCGGCCGCCAGGAUAGAAGCACAGGAGGAGCAGGGAAAGCCAGUACCGAGAUCGUUUGCUGAGAUAGAGCGGAUGAUGGGCGGCGCUUGGUUCUCAAACAAUGCUACGGCAAGGCCUGGUGGCCGUGGUGGUUCUGGGUCUGCUGCCGCUGCCGGCGCUGCUGCUGGUGCUGCUGGCUCUGCGGCUACUGGUGUGGCAUCUGAAGCCCCGGCGCGCAACAGCCCGUGCCCGUGUGGCUCCGGGAGGCGGUAUAAGAGGUGUUGUGGAGCUGCCAAGUGAAGUGCUGUACUUGGAAUGACCGCAGAGCUCUUAUUUUACCUUAGUAAAAAUUAUGAUAGUGCAUUUCUCAUGAUCAACCAAAGCAAUUAUGACAAAACAAGGUUUGGUCCAUUUGCACGAUCUGGAAACAGGCUCGUAAGAUGUUUUUGGCGGAAAUUCUUCGUAGAUACGAGACGAUUCGGCAUCGGA